CCCAACGACCGCCCCAGGAAGUCCCGCCCCACGUUCCGGCGCCGCUAACGGGAGCUCCUCCGGGCCGCGCGUCACUUCUGGCGGCGGCGAAUGAAAUGGCGAACGUCGGCAGCGGCGCGGGCAAGAUGGCGGAUAAGGAGAAGAAGAAGAAGGAGAGUAUUUUGGAUCUCUCCAAAUACAUCGACAAAACAAUCCGAGUGAAAUUCCAGGGCGGGAGAGAAGCAAGUGGUGUCUUGAAAGGAUUUGAUCCUCUUCUGAACCUUGUGCUUGAUGGUACCAUUGAAUAUAUGAGAGAUCCAGAUGAUCAAUACAAAUUAACAGAAGACACACGUCAGCUGGGACUUGUGGUCUGCAGAGGCACCUCAGUGGUUCUUAUUUGUCCACAGGAUGGAAUGGAAGCUAUUCCAAACCCUUUCAUUCAACAGCAGGAUGGCUAAUGUUUGCUUUGGAUUGUCUCUGAAGGCUUCAAGGGUGCAAAUUAGCAGAGGAAACUAUCAGUGUGUGAGGAGCUUCCUGUUUUGGGGGAGGAAUUUGAAUGUGUAUUUGUUAGUGUGAAAGAACAGUCAACUUUUAGUUUUGUGGUUUUCUGUAAAUGAUGAGAGGAUGGGGCAUGGUGUGGAAGAAGUAAGUUCUGAUUAUUAUUAUUAUUUCUGAUUAUUAUUUUUUGUAUCCCCUAAAUAAAUGUUUAACUAAAUUGUUCAUUGCUGACAGGAGAGAAUUUACUGUCAUGGAUUUGUCCAAGACCCUCUUGAUCUUGUGAGACCACAUAAAAUGAGUAAAAAAUGCCCUGAAUAUUGGUUAUAUUAUAGACAUUUUUAAAAAUACGAUUGUAUUUAAUUUAACCUAAAGCCUAAAUGCAUUAGAACAUGUUUUUCUUUGGCUCUAGGUGUCAGUACUCAGUUGGGAAGCAUUGUGUUGUAGUCUUCCUGCUGUCAAGUUCAGUCUCUCUUGCUUGCAGGGAAAUUGCUUCCCUUCUUCCCAAUUUUGUGGGAUGUUGUCUGUGUAUCAGGAGGGGACAAACUUCUGCAGAAGGACUGGACUGACUUCUAGGAUGAUUCUUGGCUGAAUGACCUGUACCC